AUUAGGAGACGUCAUCGCGGCUCACCGACACCGACGCGUCAAAACCAGCUGAAGCUUACUACAAAUAAACAGGUUGCCAUGCGCCUGCUGGGGGGUCUCACCCUCUUUAUGUGGGCCGGUGUGCUGAACUUGCGACCUGCCUGCGGAAAGAAGACUCAACAAGAAGUCGACACUCUGAGCGACUCUGAUGCCCAGUUCUGUCACGGAGGACUGCACGUGAUUUACCCGGAGCUGGAGGUCGACGGCUGCAUGGUCGUCCCACGGACGGAACGCCUUCGGGAGAAAAUCAGCGUGGAGUGGGGGGCGCCGCGCGUGCGCCUCGAGCGCGCGGAAGAGGCGAAGAAGUACACCCUCAUGAUGGUGGAUCCGGACGCCCCGAGCCGCAACAAUCCCAGCAGAUGCCACUGGAGGCACUGGCUGAUGGUGGACAUUUUGGGCAGCGACCUGCAGAAAGGGGACAUCAGAGGCUCUGUUUUGUCUGAGUAUCGGCGCCCUACUCCUCCAUCCAACACUGGUCUCCACCGCUACCAGUUCCUCCUGUUUAAGCAGCAGGAUGACAGGGCCAUCAGCCUCAGUGAAGAAGAGAAGUCCUCAUUUGGGGACUGGGAUCCACAGGCGUUCGCUCAGAGGUUCGGUCUGGGGAGCGCUGUGGCCGCUGUGCAGUUCCUCACUCGUAACGCCAAGGACUAGGAGAUACAGAAUCAGCCUGGCAGUGCCUUUUGUGACCUUUGACCCCUGGCUCACAGCCAGCGACAGUAGGGAUGCAGCCUGGCCAACUGUCUAUUGGCGCAUGCCAUCUGAGAAGUAGAUUAGGUGUUGUUUCUGCUGGAAAAAACAUUUCCCUCUCUAUUAUUAACAAGGAAUGUUUACUGUACUGCUCUUAAAGCUCUUAAGUCUUCCUAUGGGAUCGCGUGCCUUAGUCUAUGUGCUCUCCUGCAAGAGCUUUAAGUUCCGAUAAUAAGAAUUAGGACCCAGUUGGCAUUACGUUGAAAUGCUUCUUCGGUACAGUUUCAGUUUCAUAUGGAAUCUUGCAUUAGCUCUCAGAUAUGAUAGCUUUUAGUCACUAAAAUUCAAUCCGAACAACUGUUAUACUGGCUUUAAUGAAAAAAUACACUUUUGAUUAGAUAACUCAUGAUGGCUGCAGUGAACCUGAAUUCAAGUUAAUGUCUAAUAUGCUGCAUGUAACUGGUGUGCAAUUUUGAUUGAUGAUGUACGGUAAUAUCUAUGUUAAAGGUUAAUAAUUUCCUUCACGGAAUUCAGUUAUUGACUUGGGACUGUAUUGUUAACUGCUCUGUUGUGCACUCAUAACUUACGAAGAACUGACACAAGUCUUUCUUACUCUUCUAAGGCUGUUUAAUGUUUGGCGAGUUCACUGUUCCCUCUUAUGCAGCUGUUGAGGAAGAAGCUGACCUGGGUGCAUCCAUGGGCAACUGAACGCAACACCCUGAGUAUCUCGGAACAUAACAGACCCCUUUCAGAUUUUCAGUUUUUUAUUAUCUUUUCUGUUUUUCUUUGUGUUUUCCCUGAAAUUCACACUGCAGCUUUCAACAAACUGAGAACAUUAUGCAAAAUAUGUUAUAUAUCCACUUUGCCACGCUUAUGAAUAUUGCUUCUUGAUUUGCAUUGGGAAAAGGUGAAUGUUCAGGUAUUUUGGAAAAACAUGACCUGAUUAGCUAGUCUGCCAUAUUGCCAGCAUACAUACUCAAUACUUUUGAUGUCAGCUAUUCUAAUUCCAUUAAUCAGUUUCUUCUCUAAGGAAAAUUUUCUUCUGCAGUGUUUUAAAAAGAAAUAGUGCUGGAAUUUAAAAUUAAGGUAUAUAAUAAAAUAAAAGCAAAUUUGUUCUGACAUGUAUAAUUCAUACAUUUACCUACAAUAAAGUGCUUUAUUCUUUUCAUUUUUAGGAGUUAUGU